AUAAUAUUGGCGGGAAACUUGUUUCGUGUCGAGUAGGAAAGUAGCAAAGUGUUUGUUUUAAAAAUGGCAUUAAGAAGGGACGAUGCGAAAGAAAAUAUAACUUAUGACAUUAGUCUUCUUCCCGAAUUACUUCCAGUAUAUUAUUGUCGUCUUUUCCCUUAUGAUCUAUUCUAUAAAUGGAUUUGCCAUAAAAAUGUUACUCUGUUUCCAAAUAGGGAAUUUUCUUUUACUCUUAAAGAUGACGUAUAUUUACGUUUUCAAUCAUUUAAAGAUCAAGAACAGUUAGAGAAGGAAAUUAAAUCGAAAAAUCCAUACAAAAUUGAUAUUGGAGCCAUUUAUUCUUCUGAGCCAAAAAACUACCGCACUGCAGCCAAUUUUUUAGCAGUGGAAAAAGAAUUAGUUUUUGAUAUUGAUAUGACUGAUUAUGAUGAUGUUCGAACAUGCUGCACUGGUGCUGAUAUAUGUGCAAGAUGCUGGCCAUUUAUGACGAUAGCUAUGAAGAUAUUAUCAAAAAUAUUAAGUGAUGAUUUUGGAUUGUAUCAUCACUUAUGGGUAUAUUCUGGAAGAAGAGGUGUUCACUGCUGGGUCUGUGAUGAUAGUGCUCAAUCACUUCCUUCUAAAGCUCGUUCUGUUAUAGUAGAAUAUUUGGCAGUUGUAAAGGGUGGUGAAUACAAAACAAAGAAAGUUUAUCUUGGAGAAAGAAUUCAUCCAUCAAUAAAGUCAUCUUUAGCAAUUAUUGAAAAGUAUUUUGAAGAUUUAAUUUUGGAUAAACAAGAUUAUUUAAGCACAGAAAAAAACUGUAAGAAGAUUAUUUCACUUUUUAAUGAUGAAAAGCUAUGUUCAGCUCUAGAACAGAAGAUCUAUUCAUUUGACACCAGUAGGGAAAGAUGGGAAUGCAUAAAAGAUGCAGUCACUUGUCAUUUAUCCAAGGAAAAGGUAUACAACAAACACAAGCAUUGUAUUGAAGAAGUUAUGCUUCAACUUUGUUAUCCAAGAUUAGAUGUUAAUGUAACCAAACAAGUAAACCAUUUGUUAAAAGCUCCAUUUUGUGUUCAUCCUAAAACUGGAAGAGUGUGUGUGCCAAUUGACAUCAGUAAAGUCGAUGAAUUUGAUCCCUUUUCUGUUCCAACUAUUACUCAGUUAUGUGAAGAAAUAAAUGCUUAUGAUAAAAAGGUAAACAUUGCCACUUCAGAAACUGAAAGCAUUGUAAAAAACCAGAAGAUACAGGAUUAUGAAAAAACUUGUCUUAAUGACAGCAUAAAAGUGUUUAAGAAAGUUGUUAAUGCAAUGGUAGCUGCUCAAAAACUACCAAAGAAAAAAAAAGAUUAUACGCUUGAGUUUUGAUACAUACAAAAUAUAUACUCGGUAGAAAAUACAAAAUACUCUCUGUUACAUUAUUUGCUUUGUAUAUUGAAAAAUUAUUUAAAAUAUUUUUCAUUAAUCUUUCAUGAAAUUUUUUUAAAUAAAAAAAUAAAAAU